CUAUACAGAUUAUGCAGCUCUCAAUGAGCUAGCUAACUCAAAUAUUGAAGAAUUGGUUGUUGCCAAACCACAGAUUUCUCUACAAAAAUUAUUGGCCGCCUUUGCUUUAAAGACAUCAACUAGACUUCAGCAUCUAAAAAUUGUGAAGAGAACCCUUGACCUCGAGGAAUUUGAGGAACUGUCUAAACUAAAAGGUCUCAGAAGUUUCAAUACCUCUGUUUUGAAUUCCGAAAAUCUGCCUUUUCUAGGGAAAUUGGAGAACUUGGAAAGCCUUCAUGUUCAAGUUUUAAGCGUAGGUAGCGAAUUCCAUUUGGCAGCACUAAAAAAAUUGGUGAUACAUUUACCGAUUAAUUUGGAGAAAUGUAAGUGUUUGGCUAAAUUUGAAAAUUUAGAGUCAUUGACCUUGUCCUUACUAAGUUAUGACUGGAAUCAUGAUAGUAACCCCUCACAAGCGCUGGCCAAUAUAAAAAAUCUCAAGGAACUUAAUAUAGAAACCACUGAUGGAUCGCAGUACAGAGUCUACCAAGCCUUAGCCCAUAAGAAAGAACUGAAACUAAGAUAUCUGUCUGCACCGAUUGAGUUUGCUGAAGAGUUAAAUAACAUAAUGAGAAUCAAAUCUUUAAGAACCUUACAUCUUCGAUUCACGGCACGUAAUGAAAUUAAUUCAAACCUAGAUCAACUAGAGGAACUCAAGGAAUUGCACAUUCAAAUAGCAUGUUAUGGACUUAUGUCGGAGAAUCAAUUCGAUGCAGUGCUAUCCAUUCUAAAGUCUUGCAGAAAUCUUGAAAGCGUUUUCAUUAAGUAUACAUAUUUGAAGCAUGCUGAGUGUGUAGGGGAUAUACAUAAUCUGCUGAAAUCCAUAAGGGAUCCCGGACGUCAAAGACCUUUAAGUCUCACCGUAGAAGAGGCUUUUAAAAAUACAGAAUACUACAGCCAUAUUGUCCAUCUCAAUUUCAUUGAUGAUGACUACUUGAAGGUUUACUAUACAAAUGUGUAAAAAAAUCGUCCGCAAAGUUGAUUUGUUGCGGCACAAACUCCUGCCUCAUGCACCUGCAUCUACAUGUCCUGUCGUAUGCUCGUCUCACCUGUCCGGCCAAGAGCACCUGGGAACGCCCGCACAAUUCAAUUAAUGGACAUUCAAAUGAUAUAAACCAACUGAGGCACUUUUAGUGCAGUCGAGUGCUCCGAUUCAUUAGCAAGCGUCCAUCCCGAUUGGAUUGAGGUAAUGCCAGGGGAGGCCCUAAGACUGGACACAAGCCACCCCCUCUCGUCCUUGCCAGCCAUCAGCCAUGGCAACUAAAACACGUGUCGUAUGCCCAGUGGCAAACAACAGGUGCAGGAGGAGAAAAAAGCACCGAACACAGCCAACUCCUUGGGAACAGAAGCAAGUACACAUUUAAAAAAAAAGGAAUAUUUAUUAUAUUUGAACUGUUAAAAUUAUUAGCUUAUUGUGUUUUAAUUUUAUAUCCUUGUUAAAUUUUAAUUAAUU